AUGUUGUAUUUUAUAGGUACUGGUAGUAGCUUGACAACUUCUUCACCUUCUACUGGAGGAGUAUCUAUCACGGAAUGUGCUAACAUGAAUAAAAAAUGUAUGGGUAAACUAAUCAAUCUACAGCGAACUCAAAACCCUCAAGAUAUGUGCAGGAUACUGAAUUCCACUCUGGAUUGUUUCAACGUAGUGGUAGCAAAAUGUGGUGGUACUUUACCCAAUACAGAAGAGAUAGAGAGAAUGAUGGUUAGGGCUAGAAAACAGGUUGCUUUAGCUUGUAAUGCUGGAGAAAAUGUGCCAACAGACACAACUGAAGGUUGUCAAGAAAAGGUUGGUAAAUGUAUGAAUAUGAUGCAGGAUUUCUCAGUUGGACCGAACAAGGAAGAUUCGUGCAGAGAAUUCCAGAAUAUUAAAUCCUGUUUUGAGAGCGUAACUGAUAGUUGCGAUUCUGAUCAAAUCCAAGUUGGAAGAUAUAUGACUGGCUUAGAAAAACAAAUCGCUCAAAUUUGUGGAGGUAUUGAUUUUGAAACAGAAACAGCUGUGAAAACUAAACCAGUCCAAGGUGGUACAGAUCAAUUGAAAUGUUUUGAAGAGCUGCAACGAUGUUCAACAGAGUCCAAUAUUCUAUCUGAAUCAGAUUGUGAAGGUAUAAUGUCAACUAUUGAAUGUCUAGGAAAUGUCACCAGCGCGUGUCCUGGGGUCUUUAAUGUUUCGACUUUUUACCGUAUAGAACAAAUAGAAAAUAUGGCUGCCAAUUGUUCCAGUACCACUGACGAGACAGAGAAAGAAGAAGAGGUUGACAGUGCCUGGUGUGCUUCUAAAGCUCAGUCUUGUUUGAAUAUGAUCAGUUCCUUUUCUGUUAAAAAUGGAAUGGAAGCUACUUGUGGUUCUCUUCAUAAUAUGGUGAAAUGUUUUGACGAGGUUAUCGACAAAUGCGAGUCAUCAAUCGUAGAUUUAGAGAAAAAUUCUGGACAACUUUUCGCCAUGAAGGAAAAAAUCACAUCAGCAUGUAGAAAAGGUGGAACCGGAUUGGUUAUAACACCCAACAGUAACCAAGAAAAAUGUAUGAAUAAAUAUAAAAGAUGCGCUGGGAUGAUGGCUAAAGUUCCUCUACAUGAAGAUAAUAAAGUCAUGUGUCCCUUAUUAAGACGAUCCAUGGCGUGUAUUAAAAAAGUGAGUUUAGAAUGUGGAAGUUUAUUACCGGCGUCUGCUAAACAACAAUUUUCUAAUUUUGAAAAUCUGAAUAAAAUAUGUCCUGUGGGCUCGUAUAAAAGCGGUGGCAGUAGAGGUAAAUUCACUGAGAAGUGUAGCAAUGAUAUUAAGGUCUGUGAUGGUAAAGCUAAUAGUAUUAUGAGUGGUGAUAAUAUCGCUAAAACAGAUUGCAGGGAUGGCUUUAGAACUCUUACGUGCUAUAGACAGGUAGCGAGAGAAUGUCGACUACCUAAAUCUAAUAGAAAAUUCUUUAAACAUUUUAAAACAACACUCACUGAUACCUGUGAAAGACGAUCAACAGUCAAACAUACCCGAGGUCUGAUAGACUUCGAUAUCGACUGGCCAUGGGAAGAUCAAGAUUGGAAUGGAGAAUUUGAAGGAGACGAUAGUAGUGAAGAUGCUGUUUUAUUUGGCGAUGAGGAUUUCGAAAUGGAAAAGGAUUUCAUGUUUGAUUAAAAACAACUUCAGACAACCAUCUUUCCAAAUCAACUAUAACUUUGUACAAUUGUAUUAAAAUAUAUAAUUAACUUAAA